GCUGUGUGUAUGCGAGGCAGAGAGAGGGGAAGAUUUAGGAAUUGUCUGCAGACUUGGAGCUGCGUGUUACAGAGAAAAUGGCUUAGCAGUCCAGCUAACUGCUAACCGUGCAGCUGUUUGUGCUUUGGGUUAUGAGCAGCGGUGAGACGCAUCGCCACAACCGAAACUCCGAAGCAGCCGCCACAGCCGCCCGCCACCCCGCCAGCAGACUCCGGCAACAGGUUUUCUUGCCCACAGAGCAGGAUGGAGGCUUCAUUUGGCCCGACCUUCUCCGCCGUGACUGCUGGAGCUAAAGCAGAAGGGUCCAGCACCUAUAAGCAGCACAGAAGGACUCCCUCCUCCUCCAGCACGCUGACCUACUCUCCCCGGGAUGACGACGAUGGAAUGCCUCCCAUUGGCACUCCUCGGAGGUCAGAUUCAGCCAUCUCAGUCCGAUCUCUCCAUUCUGAGUCCAACAUGUCUCUGCGCUCCACGUUCUCCCUGCACGAAGAGGAGGAGGACACGGAGCCCCAGGUGUUUGCUGAGCAGCCAUCUGUAAAACUGUGCUGCCAGCUGUGCUGUAAUGUCUUCAAGGACCCCGUCAUCACCACUUGUGGGCACACCUUCUGCAGACGAUGUGCCUUGACUUCAGAUAAGUGCCCGGUGGAUGCGGCUAAGCUCACAGUCGUGGUGAACAACAUUGCGGUGGCCGAGCAGAUCGGAGAGCUCUUCAUUCACUGUAAAUAUGGCUGCAGGGCCACGGCCAGCGCCGCGGGCGGGGCGGCGGCCCCCACCGCCACGGUCGCCGGAAAACCUGGAGCGUACGAGGUGGACCCACUGGGCUGCCCGUUCACCAUCAAACUGUCCACACGCAAAGAACACGAGGCCAGCUGUGACUACAGGCCGGUCCGCUGCCCCAACAACCCCUCCUGUCCCCCGCUGCUCACCAUGAACCUGGAGGCUCACCUCAAAGAGUGUGAGCACAUCAAGUGUCCACACUCCAAAUACGGCUGUACGUUCAUCGGUAACCAGGACACGUAUGAAACACACCUGGAGGUUUGUAAAUUUGAGGGUCUGAAGGAGUUUCUGCAGCAGACUGAUGACAGGUUCCAUGAGAUGCAGCUGACUCUGGCCCAGAAGGACCAAGAUAUCGCUUUCCUGCGCUCCAUGUUGGGCAAACUGUCCGAGAAGUUAGAUCAGCUCGAGAAGAACCUGGAGCUCAAAUUUGAUGUGUUGGAUGAGAACCAGAGCAAACUCAGCGAGGACCUGAUGGAGUUUCGUAGAGAUGCUUCCAUGCUUAACGAUGAGUUGUCCCACAUCAACGCCCGGCUCAACAUGGGAAUCCUGGGCUCAUACGACCCCCAGCAGAUCUUCAAGUGUAAGGGGACGUUUGUGGGCCACCAGGGGCCCGUCUGGUGUCUGUGUGUCUACUCCACCGGAGACCUGCUCUUCUCCGGAUCCUCAGAUAAGACUAUCAAGGUGUGGGACACCUGCACCACCUACAAGUGUCAGAAAACCCUCGAGGGUCAUGAUGGCAUCGUGCUGGCUCUGUGUAUCCAAGGAAACCGGCUGUACAGUGGCUCUGCAGACUGCACCAUCAUCGUGUGGGACAUCCAGACCCUGCAGAAAGUCAACACAAUCCGCGCUCAUGACAACCCCGUUUGUACGCUGGUCUCCUCCCACAACAUGUUGUUCAGCGGCUCCCUCAAGGCCAUCAAGGUGUGGGACAUCCUGGGUACGGAGCUGAAGCUGAAGAAGGAGCUGACUGGUCUGAAUCACUGGGUCAGAGCGUUGGUGGCGUCCCAGAACCACCUGUACAGUGGCUCAUACCAGACCAUCAAGAUUUGGGACAUCCGUUCUCUGGAGUGUGUUCACGUCCUGCAGACCAGCGGCGGCAGCGUCUACUCCAUCGCCGUCACCAACCACCACAUCGUCUGUGGCACCUACGAAAACCUCAUCCAUGUGUGGGACAUAGAGUCUAAAGAGCAGGUGCGGACCCUGACGGGUCACGUGGGGACAGUGUACGCUCUCGCUGUCAUAUCCACCCCUGACCAGACCAAAGUGUUCAGCGCCUCCUACGACCGCUCCCUCAGGGUGUGGAGCAUGGACAACAUGAUCUGUACCCAGACUCUGCUGAGACACCAGGGCAGUGUAACGGCUCUCGCGGUCUCCAGAGGACGCCUCUUCUCUGGAGCUGUGGACAGCACCGUCAAGGUGUGGACGUGCUAAACUCUCUGCAGGAGUCCGCUCAGCUUCAGAUGUCUCCUGUGUUGGACAGACAGUAUGAACGGUAACAUUUCCACACGAUUUUCCUCCUCCGCACCCGUUUCUUUGAUAGCGAUUUAAGGGCCGUUUCACAACGGAGCUUCAUCGGAUCCAUUUUACUAAGUGUUGCUUUGAAAACUUCAAACUCUUUGACACUUUGAAACGAUCGUCAGAGUCGAGGGUCUGCUCGGGGUCACGUCCUCAGAGACCUCAUCAGCAGUGCAUUAUGGGGCAAAAUGGGACGAGCUGCACGGUUGCGCCUGACCGGACGCUGCAGGCCUGUCCUCAGAACAGACUCACCUG